AAGCAACACUCUCAGCGUCAGUGUGGGAAGGCCCCGGGCGUGAGGAUAUCAACGGUGGUUUAAGCCGGCAGCUUUCCAUUUAGGUGUUUUCAAGUUGAAAAUUUCGGAAUUGAAAACCUUGCCAAACUAUCAUCGAGAGUAAUGGCAUCGCCUUCAUCAGACCAAAACGGGUGUGAAGAAGAAGAAGAAGAAGCGAAGCCCCAAAAUUUAGUGGCCUGCCAGUCACCUACUCUCCUCAAAGAUCCUCAUAAGCAUAUCUCCAGGCAUGGCCUUCGUGGACAAAUUCUUCCCAAGGGCCUUAAAACCUGUGGCAGCAGCAUAGCAUUGACCCAAUGGUAUGACAAACUAGACCCUGUUGUGAAGCAAAAGGUAGAUAAUGCAGGGUUUGGACGCUUCAUCUCCAGUCUCUGCCCUUCUUCCCGUGCUGAAAAAGUUCGAGUUAUCUCCCUUGCGGAGCGAUGGUGGGAUACAACAGGGACUUUGCACUUCCCUUUUGGGGAAGUAGGAAUGACCCCUUAUGAUUUCAGUGUUAUCACGGGGUUGCGGAUUGGGGGGAAGCCUAUCCCAUACAAUGCCGGUGUUCACCGAUCAGAGGAUGAUCUUGUUAAGGCUUUGGGCAGUCGCCCUCCGGUUAUUCGUGGUUCAGUUUCAUGCUCCUGGCUCUUUGAGAAUUUCCACAAUGUUGUUUGCAACACUGAUAGAGAUAGAGAGUGCCAUACUCGGGCUUUCAUCCUCUACCUCUUUGGAUGCACUAUGUUUGGCACCUUAGAUUGCAAGGUGAAUUUGAACUCCCUCCCAGCUCUUGAGGAUGUUGACAGAAUCGGAGAAUAUGACUGGGGCGGUGCAGCCUAUGCUGCUCUAUGCACCCACAUGAACAGUGUGUCACGGGGUAAGGCCCACAGGCUAGGCGGCCUUUGGAAAGUCUGGGAGAUUUGGAGCUACGAGUACUUCAGUCUACUGGUUCCCUCCUUAAAGGUUGAUGAUUCUAUGGCUUUUCCCCGAUCUUUAAGAUGGUGGGGUGGUUCUGAAUUUGAGAUGUGCCCCAAACAUAGGAUGGUUGACUUGAAGAAUUUUCGGGAAGCCAUCAACAAUCUCACAAUUGAGAUGGUCAACUGGAAUCCAUGGGGUGAGAUUGAGCCAACUCUGCCUCCAGAGAUCCGCCAUGCCAAGGAACUGUCACGUCGGAGGAUUUUGUUUGAAGGCCCUUCUGGCCAAUUUUGGUUCCUGGGAGAAAGGCUCUCCAUGCAGACGCUGGGUUCUCCUCAACCUAUGGUUCCACUCCCUCCUCCCAUGUCUAUGAGGUUGACAGCUUCUUUCUCCAUUGAAGAGCUACAGGGAUGUUUUAAAGGAUUUCCAGCAGAGAGAUUCAUUGAUCACUCUGGCAGCUACGAUGACUUUCGUGCCUCCUUUCUUAUGCCUCCAUUUAGAAACAGUGUACCUUCGGUGGACCAAGAUGUUCAAAGCCAAGGAGAAACUUCAACAGAGGGACUGCAAAUCCUUCCAGGUGAUAUUCAGAUCCCUAAUCGUCCAUCAUGGAAUGUAUACUUGCCAAAUGAAGAUGGGAUUUUGGAACAAGUGGAAGUUCCUCGGGUCAGCUAUGGGGAAGGGCUCCCCCUACCUCCUCAUGUCCACCUGGCAUACCGCCCACACCUAGAGGAAGCUUACCAGCUCAUCAGUGGGCUCAAACACUUGGUGUUGGUUUUAAAGACUGAGGCUCAAUUUCAAGCACAGGCCAACCGCAAGCUACAGGCUAAAGAGGGAUACUUGUAUGAACAGAUUGCUGAUUUGAAAGCACAGUUAAGGGACAGGGGAAUUGGUCAGCAGCAGGAUGUUAGAUCUUCAUUCUAUCGCCCAUAUUUUCCUAUGCCUCAAGAAACAUGCUGUCCAGGGACUCCCACACCUCUGCCUCCACAUAAAAUUGUUUCUACACGUUUGGAAGAACGAUUGAAUGAGCCAACUGGUACAGAUGCUUUGGUUCGCCCUGGUACCCUAACUCAGCAACCCAUUGGCAGUCCUUCAUGUCCCAGUUCCUCUGCAAGUCAACCUAAGAGACCAGCCCAACAGCAGCAGCCUCUGGCAGACUACUGGAGUUUUGGUACCAACUCUGUGGCUAGAUGGAUCAAGGCUGAGCAACAUUGUGAGCAAGAUGCUGCUCGAAAUGGGAUGGUGAGCACAACCAUGGGCAAUAAGAAAGCCAGAGUUUAGAUUCUAAAGCAAUUUCUUCACACUGUUGUUCCUUUUCUUUGUAGAUAAGAAUUCUGACUUAGUGAGCAAUUCUUUUUAAAUGAAAACAUGGGUAACCUUUUUUUUGUUUA